AGUGGAAGGAAGUCACAUGGAAGAGGGGCGGUACUUGGUUGUGGGCAGUGGGUUAGCGAUAUCACGUGGGGGCUCUUCCGUCUUCGCUUUUGGCCAAGACGCAGGCGCAACCCACGGCUGCUGCGGGGAUCCUUGUGGCCUUUCCGGUCGGUGGAACCAAUCCGUGCACAGAGAAGCGAGGCGAACUGAGGCGAGUGAAGUGGACUCUGAGGUCUACCACUACCGCCACUGCUGCGGCAGGGGCGUGGAGGGAAGAGGGCCGCGGAGGUCGCAGUUGCAAACAUGGCUCAGAGCAGAGACGGCGGAAACCCGUUCGCCGAGCCCAGCGAGCUUGACAACCCCUUUCAGGACCCAGCUGUGAUCCAGCACCGACCCAGCCGGCAGUAUGCCACUCUUGACGUCUACAACCCUUUUGAGACCCGGGAGCCACCACCAGCCUAUGAGGCUCCAGCCCCUGCCCCAUUGCCUCCACCCUCAGCUCCCUCCUUGCAGCCCUCGAGAAAGCUCAGCCCCACAGAACCUAAGAACUAUGGCUCCUACAGCACUCAGGCCUCAGCUGCAGCAGCUACAGCUGAGCUGCUAAAGAAACAGGAGGAGCUCAACCGGAAGGCAGAGGAGUUGGACCGAAGGGAGCGAGAGCUGCAGCAUGCUGCCCUGGGAGGCACAGCUAGUAAUCUUCAUUGCAGUCCAGAAGGACUCCUCAUCCUGUCCCUCUGCCCCUUAGGCAGCACGCUGGCUCUUCUCCUGAACUUCCUCGCCUGCCUGGCCAGCUUCUGUGUGGAAACCAACAAUGGCGCAGGCUUUGGGCUUUCUAUCCUCUGGGUCCUCCUUUUCACGCCCUGCUCCUUUGUCUGCUGGUACCGCCCCAUGUAUAAGGCUUUCCGGAGUGACAGUUCAUUCAAUUUCUUCGUUUUCUUCUUCAUUUUCUUCGUCCAGGAUGUGCUCUUUGUCCUCCAGGCCAUUGGUAUCCCAGGUUGGGGAUUCAGUGGCUGGAUCUCCGCUCUGGUGGUGCUGAAGGCCAACACAGCAGUAGCCGUGCUCAUGCUGCUGGUCGCCCUGCUCUUCACUGGCAUUGCUGUGCUAGGAAUUGUCAUGCUGAAACGGAUCCACUCCUUAUACCGCCGCACAGGUGCCAGCUUUCAGAAGGCCCAGCAAGAAUUUGCUGCUGGUGUCUUCUCCAACCCUGCGGUGCGAACCGCAGCUGCCAAUGCAGCCGCUGGGGCUGCUGAAAAUGCCUUCCGGGCCCCAUGACCCCUGACUGGGAUGCCCUCGCCCUGCCACUUGAGGGAGCUGACUUAGCUCCCGUCCCUAAGGUCUCUGGGACUUGGAGAGACAUCAGUACCUGAUGGCUCCUCCGUAGUGCUCCCAAUCCUAUGGCCAUGACUGCUGAACCUGACAGGCGUGUGGAGAGUCCACUGUGACCUAGUCCCCCCCAUCAGGCCACACUGCUGCCACCUCUCACACGCCCCAACCCAGCUUCUCUUUGCUGUGCCACAGCUGUUGCUUCGGUUAUUUAAAUAAAAAGAAAGUGGAACUGGAACUGA